AUGCAGGCCGUGGUGCUCGAUGUUGACACCCUCGUCCCCAAGAUCAUGCCCCAGGCAAUCAAGAACGUCGAGAUCUUGGAAGGGGAUGGUGGCGUUGGGACAAUCAAGCUUAUCCAUUUUGGCGAAGGGAGUCAGUACAAGAGCGUCAAUCACCGCGUGGAUGCUAUCGACAAAGAGAACUUGACCCACAGUUACAGCAUAAUCGAGGGGGAUGUUCUUGGAGGAGUUAAUGAAUCCGUUACUUAUCAUGUGAAGAUCGUCCCAACUGAAGAUGGAGGGAGCAUUUGUAAGAACAGGAGCAUCUACAACACGAAGGGUGAUGCUGAGAUUAGUGAGGAGAAGAUCAAGGAAGGGAAAGAGAAGGCCAUGGCUAUGUUCAAGGCCAUUGAAGCUUACCUCCAUGCCAAUCCUGAUGCUUAA